GGCAGAGCCUUUCCUUAGAAAUAAAGAGGUUGGCAUCACCCCAGCCUUGGUGCUGCCAGGGGAAAGAGGGAGCCAAGCGGUCCCCCUUGGGCUGGGGUGGGGGGAAUGGCCGGGGGCAUGAAGACCCCCGCUGUACCUGAGGUCCGGGAGCAUCUUUUCAAAGUGCUGGUCAUUGGGGAGCUGGGCGUGGGCAAGACGAGUAUCAUCAAGCGCUACGUGCAUCAGCUCUUCUCCCAGCACUACCGAGCCACCAUUGGGGUGGACUUCGCCCUCAAAGUCUUUCACUGGGAUAGUACCACCUUAGUGCGGCUGCAGCUGUGGGAUAUUGCAGGACAAGAACGAUUUGGAAACAUGACAAGAGUGUACUAUAAAGAGGCAGUUGGGGCUUUUGUGGUUUUUGAUAUCUCAAGGGGCUCCACUUUUGAAGCGGUCUCCAAGUGGAAAAAUGACCUGGACAGUAAAGUGCAGCUUCCAAAUGGGAGUGCUAUCCCUGCGGUUUUAUUAGCGAACAAGUGUGACCAGAAAAAAGACAGUAGCCAGAGUCUUUCUCAAAUGGACCAGUUCUGCAAAGAAAAUGGCUUUUCAGGGUGGUUUGAAACCUCUGCAAAGGAUAACAUCAACAUUGAAGAAGCAGCUCGAUUCUUGGUGGAGAAAAUAUUGGCAAACUAUCGAAGCCUUCCUAAUGAAGAUAAUGAUGUGGGUAAAAUAAAAUUGGACCAGGAUCCCUCAAAGGCAGAGAGUAAAUCCCAGUGCUGCUAAUGGUGUUCCUUACUAUCUUUGGGUGUGUGUAUUUGUGUGAUUAUAACUGAAUUUGUGUCAAGACUUGCAUUCCUAUUGAGAUGCUACAUGUGACUGCAUUUGAGGUGCUCUCUAAAAGUGACACUAUUGAGUUUACACUUUUUUAUGAAGUGGAAUAUUUUGUAAAUUCUCUAUAAUGGAGGUGCAGCUAGCAAGUUCAAAGUUUUGUUUAUUCAUCCUUGCAUUUAAAGACUUAGGGCAGUGUUUAUACUUUCACUUUUUUACAAUCCCUUUUAAAAUGAUAAACCUCUUGGGUUAGGCUUGACACCUCCAAAUGAAUAAAAUGAGCACUGUUGUUUCUAGAUAUUGUACCUCUAGUCUGAUGCCCAGACUUUGCUAAAAACCUAAUGAGCAGGAUUUUUUUUGCCUUCAGGAAUGGUCUCGGGCAUUUAGAGCCUGAAAUACCUUCCAUCCUCACAUGUUCAAGUAUUUCACUGCCUUUGGCAGUUGACUCAUUUUCUAGCCAACACAGUUUCUGUAUACCCCCAGCAUCAAUUUCAUAUUUCACUUAUUAGAUGUCAUGCACAACAACUUCAUUUCUUCACAUUUUUUUCCCCUUCAAGUUUUUCCAAUCAUCACCCUCCCUCCCACACUCACAUCAACCAUGGAGAAACUUUGAUUAGUAAGAAAAUGCCUGGGUAUUCCUUUUACUCUUGCAAGGUGCUUUUUUUCCCCCUCUUUGUUGAAGUGCACAGUAUUCUUGUAUUCUCCUCAACCCUCGUACUGCUGAACUCAUCCCAUUAAGUGUGGCGUGAGGAGAAAUUUGAGGUUAGAGAGGAAAACCUUCCCCUAGGUAAUCUUCUUCUUCAUCUGGUCAUCACUGUGUUCACUUUUUUGGAUGAUUCCUAAAUAAGUCUUCACUACUAGAGGAUUUUUUUUUGUGGUUUAAACUUUAUUCCUAUUUUCCUCUCCAUCUUCUUUAAUUUUUAUAUCCCAAGCAUUGACUAGAAGUCCAAAAUUAGAAUCCCAAUCCAACUCUCUCAUAGCAGUAGAAGUCCAUCCUAGACUAGCCUUUUCUUUCUAUGGAUUAUGUUUGAACAUAACAUGGUCAUGCACACUUGAGAAUGUGUUUAGUUCCAUGUCUAACUCUAGAGAUUUAACACACUUUCUACAAACAUAAACCUUGAAAAACUGGCUAUAACUGUUUUCCUCAUAAGUGAGUUAACAUAGCCUGUGAAAAGCUGAAGCAGUGGUUGAGGGCUUUAGUCUUAUUAAAUAUUGAAUUCAAUUGUUACAUAAUGGCUCUGCUGCAGCUGUUUUCCCAUGCUUAUUUUGAGUUUAUUGUUCUUGAUGAAUAAUGUAUCUUUAGUAAAUUCCUGACCUAACUACCUGGGUACCUUUCAAGAGCACUUAUUUAAAAUAAUUCACUUCAUGCAAAUAUAUAUUCUAUUUCUCCAGAACUGGGAAUUCAAUAUUUGAACUCGAAAACCCUGGUGGAAUAUUCAGAAAUUCUGGGAGAGGGGUUUUGUUUUUUACCGCCCUUAGGGAAAGUCUAUUCACCUAGCGCUGUACUUUACUGAGUUUUGAACAAAUUACAAACAGAAAACCUGAACGUUUCUAGUAUAUGUAACUGUCCAUUGAAUUUAUUAAAUGCUUAUUGCCUCAAACAUGUAGGUUGUAGGAAAUAAAUUGUCAGAAAACAACAUGUGAUAGCACCAUGUUCACACAUUAAACUUUAACGUGCCUGGAAAUCAGA